CUGUCUGCUAUUGGUCAAUCCAGCUCUCCGAACAGUGGAGACAGGUUCAGUCCCCCGGUCACGUCCCUGUAAAUAACCGCGCAGGGUGCGAACAUAACUUAUAUAAACUUAAAUAUCGUUGUCGAAGCUCAAACUUUCGCUUCGUCCGCGUCUGUUUCUGCGGUGACGGCACCGUUAGUUAGCUGUCACCGUGUUUUGUUGUCUGCUAACAUGUCCGGAGGAGGUGUCAUCCGCGGUCCGGCCGGGAGCAACGACUGUCGGAUAUAUGUGGGGAAUCUCCCCCCGGACAUCCGCAGCAAAGACGUCGAGGACGUGUUCUAUAAAUAUGGAAUAAUUCGGGAUAUUGAUCUGAAAAACCGAAGAGGAGGACCACCGUUUGCGUUCGUGGAGUUCGAGGACCCGAGGGAUGCCGAAGAUGCCGUUUAUGGACGUGAUGGUUACGACUACGAUGGCUACCGUCUGCGUGUUGAGUUCCCUCGAAGUGGACGUGGAGGUGGCAGAGGAGGAGGUGGUGGGGCUUUAGGAACGCCAAGGGGAAGGUAUGGUCCCCCUUCACGACGCUCCGAGCACAGGGUUAUUGUCUCAGGUCUUCCUCCCAGUGGAAGCUGGCAGGACCUGAAGGAUCACAUGCGAGAGGCAGGUGAUGUAUGUUACCUGAUGUGUACCGCGAUGGCACCGGCUGAUGUGUACCGCGAUGGCACCGGAGUGGUGGAGUUUGUACGCAAGGAAGACAUGACCUACGCUGUCCGUAAAUUGGACAACACCAAGUUUCGCUCUCACGAGGGAGAGACGGCCUACAUUCGUGUGAAGGUGGACGGUCCUCGCAGCCCCAGCUAUGGUCGCUCUCGCUCGCGUAGUCGCAGUUGCAGUCGAAGCCAGAGCAACAGCGGGUCUCGCAGCUACUCUCCUCAUCGCAGCCGAGGGUCUCCGCGUUACUCUCCACGUCGUUCCCGCUCGCGCUCUCGCACUUAAGACACACCUGACCUUGAUUAAACCACCAGCCAGCCCAACAGUGCAUCUCAGAGUGGAGAAGACAAACUUCACGGGACAACGCCUGUACAGUCUCCAUGGACCAUUUGCUGUGUUCAUUGUUUGCUGUGUGUUUCUGUUUCCCCAAUUUUCUGUUGUGAUUUUUAUUUUACUUUACAUUUCGGCAGACCAGAUAAGAUUGGCUGAAGUACCCCGGUCUGUGUACUGUCUCUUCUCCCUUUCUCUUUUUCCGUUUCCUUUUCACCCCAAAAUGAUCUAUAUCUCCUGCUAACCUUGUCUCCCCUGUUUGAGUACUUUUCCUCCUCUGAUUCCAGGAUGUGUUGACGGGAAUGGUACCUUGUUGGAGGAAUUCAUCAUUGUAUGCCAUAUGUUGUUAUUUUAGGGCUGGUAUGAUUAUUUAUAUAUAUAUAUGUGUGUGUGUAUAUAUUUUUUUCAGUCUUGCAUUUACUAUUGUACUUUGACCUUCUCGUGUCUCUCUGUAGAGUUCAGAGGAGCAGGAUAGGAUGGGAACAAAGGAAAAGAAAACACAGUUCAUAUUAGGAUAAACAGCAGGAGGAGGAAUCAAAUAUGGCACCAAUGGUACGAUGGCUGAGGCCUCUCACAACUCUGAAAUCUGCAUAAAAUAAGGAUUUCCUCAGUUUUUUUUUUACUCUGAAUAUAUGCUUGAAAAUAGCUGAGUACUGUAACUGAAUGUAUGUGGCUGUAUUAGAGGUUUUGUUUUGUUAUGAUACGUUCUAGUUCUAGUUGCUGUAUGUGUGCAUGCUCCCGUAUAGCGUAAGUACCAGCAAGGUUACUUGUCUUCUGUCAGUAGUCCUUAAAGCCACUGGUCCUGCAGUUUUUUCUAAAGCAUAAUGAAAUGCUGUGUUGGGUCAGUGCAGUAUGUAUGUGUGUAUAGUCUUCUUUUACUGUACACUACCUCCUGUUUGGAGAUCCAGUGGUCAUUGGUGUUUCUGCUUUUGCUCUCUCUUAGUAUCCAAAGUAAUUGAUAUUUGUUGGGGGGAAUGAUUCUAAUUUUUCUUUAAUUAUUUUCUGAAAGUUUACUUCUAACUUGCCUCCUUCUCUUUGGUUCUGCUGGUAUUCUGAAGGUUCGGACUGGGCUCAUUGUCUCCCCAUUCCGGAGCCGGAUCAGGAUUCAGGAUCAGAUCAGGAUUAGGAUUAGGCUUCGGGAUGGAUACAUGGAGCAGGAGAAUUUUACCGGGAGAGGAUCCCAACCCCCGGCCCUGUCCACAUAACCACAUCAAACCGGAACCAUUGUAGUGAAAUACUUAAACUAAAUUGGCCUUCAAACAGUCGGGGGGGAAAAAUCUUUCUUUUUGUGCGGGACCUCAGACACCCAGUCACUGGUGGCAUCCUGAUGAGUGAUUGUUUUUCCAAUUACUUUUUUUUUUAAUUAAGAGGAGCAAAACUCGGAUCAAAACCAGGAGGAGGGCUGGGAGGUGCAGGAUGGAUCCACACACGUAAGGAGAGUGGUAAAUAGUGGGCAACCAUUAACAGUGGAGGAGGGAGGGAGGGAAGAAGGGAGGCGAUGUAGAGAUGUAACAUUAAUGUUUGUUUUCUCUUAGGUCAGUCUUUUGCUGCAGAAAAUGAGUUUAUUUUAAGCAUUAUCUCCA